AUGAUCAGAAGUCUGAGACUGCUGUUCGUCUUAUCAUUACAGUUAUUACAAGCAGAAGCAAAGAGAUGCGAAGAAGGAUAUGAAAAGAUCGAUGGAGUUUGUGUUGAUAGAAAUGAAUGUACAGAAGAACCGGAUGUUUUUUCAUUUGAUGCAGGGGUUUGUCCUGAUGAUCGGAAAUGCACAAAUACAGAGGGCUCAUAUCACUGCAAAGAAUGCGCUGAUGGAUUUGAACUUGAUCUGUUUUACGGAAAAAAUUGCUACGACAUUGACGAAUGCAAGAGGAACCCCUGUGGCGAGCACGGCGACUGUCAAAAUACCCUCGGAAGUUUUGAAUGCAAAUGCCACUCCGGAUUCGCCAAACUCGAGGACUCGGACGUUUGCCAGGACAUUGACGAAUGCGCGGACGAAAAUGGCGGGUGCGAUCAUUUUUGCGAGAAUUCCGCGGGCAGUCACACGUGCUCAUGUCGAAGUGGCUACGAGCUGGCGAGGAAUGGACGAUUAUGCUUCAAUAUCAACGAGUGUUUUACCGGGACGCAUGAAUGCGAUGAUAAUGGGUACUGCAAGGACACGGAGGGCGAUUAUGAAUGUGCCUGUAAAAGGGGAUACGAACUCGUAGAAGACAAAAGAACUUGUCAAGACAUUGACGAGUGCUGGAAUGAUCCCUGCGGCGAGGGAGCCCAAUGCACCAACACGCUAGGAAGCUACGAGUGCAACUGCAAACCCGGGUACAGAGAUCUCAUCACUGGAUGUGAAGACAUCGACGAAUGCCAAGCUUUUACCUACCCCUGCGCCGAGUCGGAAGUCUGCACAAAUCAGCCAGGCUCUUUCCGUUGUUCUUGCAAAGAAGGCUGGUUCAUGGACGGAGAUUCUUGCAUACAACAAUGUAAUAAAAGAGACAACCCUUGUCCUAGUGGCCAGGCUUGCAAGAAAAUCGACGGCGUCAGAAAGUGCGUUAUCGUGACAACAACCACGACGACAACGAAGACAACAACAGCCAAAUCUACAACGAAAAAGGUACCGCAAACAACCGAAUCAACGAAUCCGACCACGAUAGCAUCGACGACUGCGACCGAGAAAAUACUCGGCCUGCCCAAAGUGAUUUUCUACGUUGCCAUUAUUGGAGCGAGUAUUUUGCUAAUUGGCGCGAUUGUAGGCAUUGUGUUGGCCGUUAAAAACUGCCGCAAAGAUUCAGGCUAUGAUUACUCUUCCGGGAUCAAAACUAGAGGAGCAUCAAUGCCUAUGCACAGACCAAGUGACGGACAUGGAUUCAUGCCCUCGGACAACACUCUUGGAACCAGCUAUUCUGGCCGGACAACGCUACCUCACGGGCAAGAUACGACCAGAUCCGACAGCUUCAGACCGAUUCCGCCCAGAACAAAACCACGUUACAUGAAUGACUACGAAUACCAGUAA